AUGACGAAAAAAGAAGAGAAGAGUAGAAACACAAUACAUCUUCCCGAGGAUUUGCUUGUGGAGAUACUCUCUAGGGUUCCGGAUGCUUCUCUGGCACGGUUCCGAUCUACCUCAAAAGGAUUGAAUGCUCUUAUCAAAAAAGAAGGGAGACUUGCGAAGAAGUCUCUUGUUGUCAUGUUAAUUGAUUAUAGGGUCUAUUUUGUUAGGCUUGAUCUCCACGGCAUUACCGACGAAAACGUUGUAAAGGUGAUAAGUCAGUUCAGCCUCAAUGAUUAUCCUCUUUCUAUACGCGAUGUCUUUCACUGCGACGGCCUAUUGCUAUGCACCACCAUGGACGAAGAACUGGUUGUCUGGAAUCCAUGUUCGGGAGAAACCAGUAGGAUUAUCAAACCCUUAAAUUCCAAAUAUAGUUCCGAUGUCUACGCUCUUGGUAAAUCCUCAUGCAACAACGAGUACAAAAUCUUGAGGGUCCAUCAUCGUGGAGAUGGUUGGUUGUCACCAUGCCUUGUUAAGUACGAAAUCUAUGACUUUACAUCUAAAUCCUGGAGGGUUGUUGGUGAGAUUGGAGGGUGGACAUUUCCAGGGCCCUGGCGACAUGGCACGUCUGUGGAUGGAAAUACUUACAGGCUUUCUUUUGAUUUUAGUCAAGACCGUCAAAGACCGAAAAAUACCUUACGAUAUUUUGAUUAUUCAACAGAGAGGUUUGGACUUGUGUCUCUUCCAGGUGUAUGGAUGGCAACUAAAAUUAAAGGUACAGGAGACAUGUCAUGGAGUAAACUCCUAACAGUGAAACGAACCUGUAGCGACCAGUUCUUUAAGCUUUGUAAAGGAGUGAGUUUCUUGGCCGACCGGGAGAAUAAAGUUAUAGGGCAUCCCAUUAAAGAUAUGAACUUUAGGAACUUCUUACACAUUGUGGGAGAGGAUAAAUACAGAAAAGUGAACCUUUGUGCUGUAGGAUCUAGAUACGCACUUCCUGUCAGCGGUGAUCCAACUUUGGUUCAAAUCCAACAAGGUUCUUUGGGGCUAGGCACAUGGAAAGAACCAAUCACCAAGUUUUCAUGAUAUUUGAUAAAUUAAAAUGUAAGU